GACCCAGUUUCGUGACAMSGGUUGUGAGGGUUGSCCAAUCAAAGCGGAAAMCCCGKAUUUUGUUGCUAUAUAGUCUAAAUUAUGGKUAUAGUGACAGACAAAGCAACUGUAAAGACCGAGAGAAACAGCAGCGAGUAAUAGCUUCCUUUCCAAACGGGACUGAGCUCAUGUUUUUGUUUUAAUCGGUUUGUAUCUGCCGCGGUCUUAAGGACAACGUCAAAUUYUUACGGUUACCUGCUUCUGGUUCUUCGGUGCCGCACAACCAGCUGUCUGAACUAAACGACAAUGUGCUCUGUAUUAACCAGACUUAGACCUAUCCAUCGGGCUGUAGCUCUGUCGCUUCGUCUCGGAGCCAACACCGAGGGCUCAAGUUAUGCGGCAACCCAGAGCAGGCGCCUCUCUCCCGGCAAGAAUGCUGUGGUAGACCWGCAGGGGAACGUUAGGUCCUACUGCUCCAGGACGGCGAAGACGAAAGGACUGCUCUUCAGACAACUGUUUGAGGUGGAGAGCAGCACCUACACCUACCUGCUGGCAGACACGAACACCAGAGAGGCCAUUAUCAUUGAUCCUGUGCUGGAGACAAUUGACAGAGACUUAAGCCUGAUAGAGGAACUGGGGCUAAAGCUGACACUAGCAGUGAACACCCACUGCCACGCAGACCACAUAACCAGUUCUGGGCUGAUGAAGAAAAGAAUUGCAGGAUUGAAGAGUGCCAUCUCUAAAUUCAGCGGUGCCUCUGCAGAUAUCCUGCUAUCAGAGGGCGACAAAAUUCGCUUUGGAAAACACUACCUGACUGUAAGAGAAACACCGGGACACACGGAUGGGUGCACAACCUUAGUGUCGGCAGAUGAAAGCAUGGCUUUUACUGGGGAUGCUCUGCUUAUCCGAGGCUGUGGCAGAACAGACUUCCAGCAGGGCUGUGCAAAAUGUCUUUACGAUUCAGUCCACGACAAGAUCUUCACGCUGCCUGAUGAAUGCCUCGUCUACCCAGCACAUGACUAUUUAGGUCAGACUGUUUCCACGGUUGGUGAAGAACGCAAGUAUAACCCUCGUCUCAUCAAGUCGAAAGACGAGUUUGUGGAGAUCAUGAACAGCUUGAAUCUCCCAAAGCCGGAUAAAAUAGAUAUUUCACUGCCUGCUAACCUCGUUUGUGGACUCCAUGGACUCUGAAUGUCUUGAAGAAGAAAACGAGAAAAAAAUAAUAAAGCCAGUGACAUAGUAGCUACGGAACGAUGCACACAAAACUUUAUUUCACAAAGCUGACCUCAAUAGCUUACCAUAAAGUACUUUCAUUGUACUUUGUAAGUUGUGUAUUUGAAAAUCUGUUAUCGUUUGGAGUGCAACUACUGAUAUAACUUUAACUGUGCUUUAAAUAAAAAUGGAAUAAAAUCUAAUUUGAUAGUAAAAAUAUUGUAACAAUGCUUUUCUUUGUAAAAGAACUAACAGUUUAUAUUGCGCUUAAGUUAAAUGUGUGUGUUUUACUCUGUACAUCUGUAAUAUUUUGACUUGUAACAUGAUUGAAGGAAUGAAUGAACAAAACAUGUUUAAGGGAAAUAAAUGCCUUCAAAGUUUGA